GAUGUUUGCAUAGGAUAAUUUGCUCAGAAUGACAAUCAACUUCGAAGAAACAAUAAUAGACUCUUCAUGCUUAAACAAGGAACUGAAUAUUAUCUUGACUGUGGUGUUCCGUGAAAUGGCCAUAUUCGUGGACCAUAGAUUAUUAUGAAGUUGAAGUACAAUGUUCUUUUAUUUCAGCCAUGGAAACAAACAGGUGUUUUCAUGCCGCGGAGUGCAGUUGGCCGUGAAGUGGUUUUGGGAUCGAGGCAUGCGGGACAUUACCGUGUUCGUGCCGAUGUGGAGGAAGGAACAGCCGCGACCUGAGACACCUAUUACAAAUCAACAUAUCCUAACUGAACUGGAAAGGAAAAAGAUCCUGGUGUUCACGCCAUCACGCUGUGUGAAUGGCAAGCGGAUCGUGUGCUAUGAUGACCGCUACAUUGUCAACCUGGCCUACGAAUCAGACGGCAUCAUUGUGUCCAACGAUAAUUACAGAGAUCUGCAGAUUGAAAAGCCACAGUGGAAGCAGUUCAUUGAGGAUCGCUUGUUGAUGUACACGUUUGCAAAUGACACGUUCAUGCCUCCUGAGGAUCCCCUUGGAAGGAAUGGUCCAACUCUUGACAACUUUUUAAGGAUAAGACCAACAGUUCCUGAGAACAAGCAACAGCCUUGUCCAUAUGGGAAGAAGUGCACUUAUGGGGUGAAGUGCAAGUACUACCACCCAGAGCGCGCUGACCAAUCCCAGCUGUCCGUGGCAGACGAGCUGAGAGCAAAGAGCAAGUCGGCCAUGGAGCAGGAGCAGGCACUGCACCGGGCCUCCAUCAACGCCACCUCAACCCUCCACCCUUACUCGUCGUCUCUCAGCGACACAGGGCUGGCCGCCUACUCCCACACCGGCUACUUUCCCAGUGCGGUGCCUUGCAUGGGUCAGGAGGACCGGAACUCGCCGGUGCUGCGGUCCAACAGCCCCCGAGGUGGAGGAAGCCCGGCGCACAUGCGCAGCUCCCUGGCCGCCUAUGGCGGCCUCAGCUCCGACAGUGACCACGGCUUCUGCUCUCUGGACAACUCCAUGACGAGGAUGACCAUCCAGGAGUUGCCCCAUCAUCAUCAUCAUCAUCAUCAUCAGCAGCAGCAGCAGCAGUUUGACACCCAGCGCGGGCGGUCUCUGGCCUUCAGCAGCGGAGUGGCCGGCUCAAGUAACGGCAGCGGAGACUUCUACUCAUCCGGCGGCCCGUGGAUGACCCCCGAGCACCACGAUCAUUUUCACAACGGCAGUCAGGGCGUUCAUGCGCCCGAGUGCUGCUACAGCUCUGUGAUGACGCAGCCUCACGCGCCCGAGUGCCGCUAUACUCCCAUGAUGCCUCAGUCUCACGGGACAGGCGGUGCUCACGCUCACCUGGGCACGCCUUUUGGCCACGGUCAGUGUUCGUAUCAAGCGCUUCCACACGGCCACUACAGCAGCAUGCGGGCCCACAGCCACGGCCCUUAUUUGCACCUGUCCAGGGAGGAACCACAACACGAAAGGCCCAACAGGGGUACUUGGUCACUGCCUUUGUCUGACCCCACCCAAACAGUGAGUGGAGGUGCGAACAGUGAAAGGAGAAAUGCGAUCAGGGCACAGCUGAGCACCAAUUUCCAACAGAACGCAGUUGACCAGGUCAUGAGCCACAACCCAGACGUCCAGGACACGACCACACUAGUGGGACUGAUCCAUAAAUUCAGACCCAGCUACUGAGAUUAUUUUCGUCAAACUUCUUUCCCUCCUUCACAUAUGGACUCUCAGACGGAUGUUCCUUUCUCAGGUUUAUCUAUGUGCUGUUUACAAUUUCUAAACUGCCCUGAAAGUGCUCUUACCGACAACUGACUUUUGAACUCACUCACUCACUCUCAUUUCCAAAAGCCUGCUUUUUUUAAACUUUAUGUAGACCGUCCACACAGAAUGUGUUUUCAUUGUGAAUGUGCCAUGCACUACUCUCUGUGAAAAAUUAAACUCUUGAUCCAACCUAGUGAAGGCUGGGUGAAGAUCCUGUCUUGCUUCUGGAAAAGAAGCAGCAAGGGCAGCAAACCCUGUCAUGUAUGUAAAAGCAUUAACAAACUGCCAUGUCAAAGCAACAACAUUGUUGUUUUUAGUUCUGUAGCCCCGAUGUGGGGAAUGAGCCCAAAUAUAAAAUUAUUGUUGUGGAAUAUGAAAUUCACUGACAGUAAACAUGUAGGUGUUGAGAUAUA